AUGUCUUUAAACAAUAACAGCAACACUGCAUCCUGCUCUGUGGAAGGUGUCAGCAUUUUGGCCUCCUACAACCAAGACCAAGCUCAAAUCUUGUCUACUGAUGCGCUCAAGUUCAUUGCAACACUCCAACGCACAUUCAAUGGCACCAGAAAGGACUUGCUAAAGAAGAGAGAUCUGCGCCAACAAGAAAUUGAUAAGGGUAUCUUGCCUGACUUUUUGCCUGAAACUGCUCAUAUUCGAAAUGACCCCAAUUGGAAGGCUGCCAAACCUGCUCCUGGUCUUCAAGAUCGCCGUGUCGAAAUUACUGGUCCUGUUGAUCGCAAAAUGGUCAUCAAUGCAUUGAAUUCUGAUGCAUUGACUUACAUGGCUGAUUUCGAAGAUUCAACUGCCCCUACAUGGGAUAACGUACUGAAUGGCCAGAUCAAUCUGCGUGAUGCUAUCAACGGCACCAUUUCAUUCACAAACCCUGCUGGCAAGAAAUAUCAGUUAAAGGAAAAUCCUGCUACAUUGAUUGUAAGACCAAGAGGCUGGCACAUGUUGGAGAAGCACAUUCUUGUUGACGGAGAGCCCAUGUCUGCUUCCAUCUUUGAUUUUGGCCUAUUCUUCUUCCAUAAUGCCAAAAACCAGAUCAAGAAUGGCUUGGGUCCUUACUUUUAUCUGCCUAAAAUGGAGUCUCAUUUGGAAGCAAGAUUGUGGAAUGACAUCUUCAACGCAUCUCAAGACAUGCUGAAUAUUCCUCGUGGCACUAUCCGCGGCACUGUGCUGAUUGAAACUAUUCUGGCCGCCUUUGAGAUGGAUGAAAUCAUCUAUGAAUUGAGAGAGCACUCGUCUGGUUUGAACUGUGGUCGUUGGGAUUACAUCUUUAGCUUCAUCAAGAAAUUCCGUCAGUACCCUCAAUACGUGUUGCCUGAUCGCUCGGAUGUAUCCAUGACUGUGCCAUUCAUGAGCGCCUAUGUCAAUCUUUUGAUUCAAACAUGUCAUAAGCGUGGUGUCCAUGCUAUGGGAGGCAUGGCUGCUCAGAUUCCUAUCAAGAGCGAUGCUGAAGCCAACCAAGUAGCCAUGCAGAAGGUCAGAGCCGAUAAAUUGCGUGAAGUUACUGCUGGCCAUGAUGGUACCUGGGUUGCUCAUCCGGAUCUUGUCAAGAUUGCUCUUGAAAUCUUCAACGAGCACAUGCCUCAGCCCAACCAAUUGUUCAAGCGCCGUGAGGACGUCUCUAUCAAGCAAAAGGAUUUGCUGAAUAUCGACUUUGAAGGCAAGAUCACGGAGCAUGGCAUCCGCGACAACAUUCAAAUUGGUUUAGCUUAUAUGGAGUCUUGGUUACGAGGAGUAGGAUGCGUGCCAAUACAUCAUUUGAUGGAAGAUUGUGCAACCUACGAGAUUAGUAGAUCCCAACUAUGGCAAUGGGCACAUCAUCAAUCCGUAACUGCAGAAGGUAGAAAAAUUACAGGCGACUACUGCUUGCAAGUGCUCGACGAAGAGAUUGAACACAUCAAGAAAGAACUGGGUUCAAAGUAUGAAACUUCCAAAUAUGAAGCUGCCAAGGCUGCAUUCUCGACCAACAUCACAGGUGAACGCUACGAUGACUUUGUUACUACCAUGCUGUAUGAUGAUAUCCUCUCAAUCCAAUCAAGCAAGCCUCGCUUGUAA